CGAUCAUUCAGCAUCAUGCCUGAACCAGCCAAGUCCGCGCCUAAGAAGGGCUCCAAGAAGGCCGUCACGAAGACCGCCGGUAAGGGAGGAAAGAAGCGCAGAAAGUCCAGGAAGGAGAGCUACGCCAUCUACGUGUACAAAGUGCUGAAGCAGGUUCAUCCUGACACCGGCAUCUCCUCCAAGGCGAUGGGCAUCAUGAACUCUUUCGUCAACGACAUCUUCGAGCGCAUCGCCGGUGAGGCGUCUCGUCUCGCUCACUACAACAAGCGCUCCACCAUCACGUCGAGAGAGAUCCAGACCGCCGUGCGUCUGCUGCUGCCCGGUGAGCUGGCCAAACACGCCGUGUCUGAGGGCACCAAGGCCGUCACCAAGUACACCAGCUCCAAGUAGAGUCCCCGAGACUCCCACACACCCAAAGGCUCUUUUAAGAGCCACC